AGAGAGAGAGAGAGAGAGAGAGAUGGCGGACGAGCAAACCCUAGCCUCCGGUAGACGCCGGAGCCGAGGCCCGGAGGCGUCGGCGCGGUCCUCAGCCCUUGAGCGCCUGAAAGCCCUACGCCAAGGCGGUGGCCGGCGAUCCGAGGCAGGCGGAGGGUUCCAGAUCAAGAUGGAGACCCCGAUAUACGACACCGUCGGCGAGGAUGAGUAUGACGCCCUCGUCGCCAAACGCCGGGAGGAGACCCGGGGCUUCAUUGUUGACGACGACGGCCUCGGGUACGGCGACGAGGGCGAGGAAGAAGACUGGUCAAAGUCCGGACUUCCUUUCUCGUCCGACGAAGAAUCAGACGGAGGAGAAGUGCCGGAGAGACCGAAGAAGAAAAAGAAGAAAGAGGCACAGCCCAAGAAGCCCUCCGGUUCUUCUUCUCUGUCAGCGGCGGCAGCGAUGAUGGGGAAGCAGAGGAUCUCGUCGAUGUUCACUUCUUCGGUGUUCUUCAAGAAGAGCAAGGACGACAAGGCCAAAGGGUUGGUUUCUGAUAGCAUCGUUGACGAUGUGAUUGCGGAGUUCGCACCGGACGAGACCGACAGAGAGAGGCGAAGAAGGGGGCAGGUAGCGGCAAGUUCGGCGUCGGUUUCGAAGAGUUUGGUGCCGACUAGUAGUGUUAAGAGCGAGGGUUUAUCUUUUGGGGGUGUCGAUUUGGUGGGUAGGAGGGAAUUAGCUACAAAUGGUGAUAAUUCUGUGUUGGGCUCGGAGGGAAAUCGCGAGGCGGUGGAGGAGAAAGGUUUGACUGAGGAGCGGGAAGGUGGGGGAGGAUCGGAAUCGGAGAUGGGUGAGGGCCUGAUCUCUGAAUCAGAUGAUUUGGGGGCUAAGGGAGGUGUGGUUGCGGAGAAGAUAGUGAAUGGUGUGGAAAUGAAAGUGAAGCCGGUGGUGAAGGAGGGUUUUGCAUUGAAUGCGAAGAUCGAGGAAGAGAAAGACCCAGCGUUGAGUGCCGCUACUGCCGGAUGGCAGGCGGUGAGGAGUGGAGGGAACGGGAGUGUUGGUGGUGUUGCAAAGGAGGUCAUCAAUGGUUUUAGUUCUGAAGAGAAGUUGGAUUUCGAUGUGGACUCGGACGGGUUGCUGCCUUUCUACAUUGUUGAUGCACACGAGGAGUUUUAUGGGGCUAAUAUGGGCACCCUCUAUCUGUUUGGGAAGGUCAAAGCAGGAAGUACAUACCACAGUUGCUGUGUAGUUGUCAAGAACAUGCAAAGAUGCAUCUAUGCAAUUCCAAAUGGCUCUUUGUUUCACAGUGAAGAGAUGAUGAAGCUCGAGAAAGAUGUUGAAGAAUCUCGGGUUUCUCCCACAGCUUUCCGUACAAAGCUGCAAGAUUUGGCUUCAGGAUUGAAGAGUGAAAUUUCGAAGAAGUUGUUAGAUAUCAACGUGUCAGCUUUUAGCAUGGCACCCGUUAAGAGGAGAUAUGCAUUUGAGCGAUCUGACAUACCUCUGGGGGAGAAUUAUGUCCUUAAGAUCAAUUACCCAUUCAAGGACCCACCCCUUCCAGUGGAUUUAAAAGGAGAAUCUUUCUGUGCUCUGCUAGGAACUCACUGCAGUGCUUUGGAGCUUUUUCUUGUUAAAAGGAAGAUAAAGGGACCUUCCUGGCUAUCAGUUUCAAAAUUUUCUAGCUGCCCAGCUCCUCAACGGGUUAGCUGGUGCAAAUUUGAGGUGACUGUUGACUCACCAAAAGACAUACAAAUUUCAUCUUCAUCAAAGAAUGCGAUAGAGAUUCCUCCAGUGGUUGUUACAGCAAUAAAUUUGAAAACAAUUGUCAAUGAAAAGCAGAACGUAAAUGAAAUUGUCUCUGCAUCUGUCAUUUGCUGUCAUAAAGCCAAGAUUGACACUCCCAUGUUGGCCUCAGAAUGGAAGCGACCUGGCAUGUUGAGUCAUUUUACUGUUGUCCGCAAGCUUGAUGGAAGCAUAUUUCCAAUGGGAUUUACUAAAGAGGCUACUGAUAGAAACUCUAAGGCUGGAUCAAAUGUUUUAAGCAUUGAAAGCAGUGAACGAGCUUUGUUAAAUCGUCUGAUGAUUGAGUUAUACAAGUUGGAUAGUGAUGUUCUUGUUGGACAUAAUAUAUCUGGGUUUGACCUGGAUGUUCUUCUCCACAGAGCUCAGGCUUGCAAAGUUCCAAGCAGCAUGUGGUCCAAAAUAGGUCGCCUCAAGCGUUCAGUGAUGCCUAGGCUUGCAAAAGGAAGCACCAUAUUCGGGUCUGGAGCAAGUCCGGGGAUCAUGUCUUGCAUUGCUGGGCGGCUCUUAUGUGAUACAUAUUUGUGUUCCCGUGACCUAUUAAAAGAGGUCAGUUAUUCUUUGACACAACUGGCAAAGACUCAGCUGAACAAAGACCGGAAGGAGAUCACUCCACGCGAUAUUCCUAGAAUGUUUCAAACUUCAGAAUCCCUCAUGGAACUUAUUGAAUAUGGUGAGACAGAUGGAUGGUUGUCUAUGGAACUCAUGUUUCAUCUGAGUGUUCUGCCCCUCACACGUCAGUUGACUAAUAUCAGUGGUAAUCUCUGGGGAAAAACUCUCCAAGGUGCUAGGGCGCAGAGAGUAGAGUAUCUUUUAUUGCAUGCAUUCCAUGCAAAGAAAUAUAUUGUUCCGGACAAGAUAUCAUCUCAUAUGAAAGAAACAAAAUUGAUGAAACGGAGAACAAAUCAUGGUGAUGAGGACAGAAAUGUUGAUGAAUUGGAUAUGGAUGACACAAAUUUGGUUAAUGAUGCUCCACAUAAUGAUCAUGGAAAAGGGAAAAAGGGUCCUGCCUAUGCAGGUGGAUUGGUGUUGGAGCCAAAGAAAGGUUUAUAUGACAAGUACAUAUUACUUCUGGAUUUUAAUAGUCUUUAUCCUUCUAUUAUUCAGGAAUAUAAUAUCUGCUUCACAACAGUCGAAAGAUUUCCAGAUGGAUUAGGUCCCCUCUUACCAUCUAAUAAAACGCCAGGAGUUCUACCUGAGUUGCUAAAAAACCUGGUUCAAAGGAGAAGAAUGGUGAAGUCAUGGAUGAAGACUGCAUCUGGUCUUAAAGUCCAGCAACUAGACAUUCAGCAGCAAGCACUAAAGCUCACUGCAAACAGUAUGUAUGGAUGCCUGGGGUUUUCCAAUUCACGAUUUUAUGCAAAGCCUCUAGCAGAGCUUAUAACACUACAAGGAAGGGAGAUUCUGCAGAGUACUGUAGAUCUUGUUCGGAAUAAUUUGAACUUGGAGGUAAUUUAUGGUGAUACAGAUUCAAUUAUGAUUUACAGUGGACUGGAUGAUAUUGGAAAAGCAAAAGCAAUAGCAGGGAAAGUCAUCCAAGAGGUUAACAAGAAGUACAGGUGUUUAGAAAUUGAUCUUGAUGGUUUGUACAAGAGAAUGCUGCUUCUGAAGAAAAAGAAAUAUGCUGCCGUCAAAGUGCAAUUCAAGGAUGGGACACCAUAUGAGGUUAUUGAACGUAAGGGCCUUGAUAUGGUUCGUCGUGACUGGAGCUUACUAUCAAAGGAGUUGGGAGAUUUCUGCCUAAGUCAAAUUUUGUCGGGAGGGUCGUGCGAGGAUGUUGUUGAAUCAAUACAUAACUCUCUCAUGAAGGUACAAGAAGAUAUGAGGAAUGGACAGGUAUCACUUGAGAAAUACAUCAUCACAAAGACAUUGACUAAACCCCCUGAAGCUUACCCGGACGCCAAAAACCAACCACAUGUUCAAGUGGCACAACGAUUGAAGCAAAGUGGUUACUCUACUGGUUGCAAUGUUGGUGAUACAAUUCCUUACAUAAUAUGCUGUGAACAGGGGACUAGUUCAGGUAAUUCAACAGGUAUUGCUCACCGUGCUAGGCAUCCUGAUGAACUUAAAAGAGAAGAUGGGAAAUGGAUGAUUGAUAUUGAUUACUACUUGUCACAGCAGAUUCAUCCUGUGGUAUCACGUCUUUGUGCGUCAAUUCAAGGUACAAGUCCAGAACGCUUGGCUGAUUGCUUAGGGCUUGACUCAUCUAAGUUCCGAAAUAGAUCAAGCGAAGCUGUCAGCAAGGAUCCUUCCAGCUCACUCGCUAUAGAUGAUGAGGAGAGAUAUAGGGGCUGCGAGCCUUUGAUCUUGUCAUGUCCCAGCUGCUCUGGUACUUUUGACUGUCCUGCUAUCUUCAGUUCCAUUUGUAUUUCAAUCAGUGAGAAGCCAACAAAGCCAGAAGCAGAGGAAUCUACCUGCAAUUUUUGGCAAAGAUUGCGUUGUCCCAAAUGCCCAGAAGAAGGCACAUUGGGUAAAAUAUCUCCAGCAAUGAUCGCCAACCAGGUCAAAAGGCAAGCAGAGGGGUUCAUGUCAAAGUACUAUAAGGGCUUAAUGACGUGCGAUGAUGAAACUUGCAAAUACACCACGCGCAGUCUCAACCUCCGGCUCGUUGGUGAUUCUGAGAGAGGAACUGUUUGUCCAAACUAUCCUCGCUGUAACGGGCGUCUUGUUCGAAAGUACACGGAAGCAGAAUUGUACAAGCAGCUCGCAUACUUCUGCUAUGUGUUGGAUGCCGUACGCUGCAUAGAAAAGGUGGAGGGUAGCAAUAGACUUCCGUUUGAGAAAGAGUUAACCAAGAUUCGGCCCAUUGUCAAUUUGGCCGCAUCAACAGUUCGAAGCAUACGGGAUCGUUGUGCCUACGGGUGGGUACAAAUGCAGGAUCUUAUCAUCACAGUAUGAAGUUUGCUAAAAUGAUGCAGAUCUUGGCGUAUUUAUGUCUACGUAUAUAUAUAUUGGAUAUACAUCUAUACAGUAUACAGCCCUGGAAUCCGAGAGAGCUUGUAAUAAUUCUCAACAAGUUUCGGUGCAUUAAAAUUUAUUCUUGUACGGUUGAUUUUAAUAAGAACAUAGAUUUAGUUGUA